AUGGCCGUAGUCACCAUGGACAAGAUCCAAUUCUAUCAACCUCCAAAUUCCAUGAGUGCAACCAAGCCACAAAGCCCGAACCUGCCCGCAAUCUCCACACGCCCCAAACCGCCAGCAUGUAGACCCAAUCCCACCGCCGACUCUUUCACUUCCCUACUCUGUCCGUCACAACAGCUCAGACACCCUUUGCCCCCCCGUCUAUUCCCCUCUGUUACACCUCCCAUCUCUUCUCACCCUGCAGGCCAACGGUCCCAGCCACCCGAAACUCCAGUAAAUGACUUUGACAGAAUUUUGGAGGGGAUCUCGUCGGACGACGGGAGCCAACCACUUGGCGGGGAAGGGAGAGAUGCGGACGAGCACGCCACAAUCCCCUCCGGAUCGAAUCUGAGCGGUUUUGCCAGCGACCGCCUUGGUAUGCCUGUCGAGGAGGCGGAUACAGUUGCGGAAAGUGCCACUGAAGUCGGCCUUCGCGCAUGCCGGUUGGGUGGAAGUAGAGAUGGCCUCAUCGUGGUAGAUGGGUGGAUGGAGAUAGGUCACGGUGGUGAACCCGCAAGCGAGUCCGAAGCUGGACAGACUUCCUCGCCACUGCUGCCUGCCCGCGAGGCGCCCACUGAUCAUGAAACCCCUCCCCCUCUUACCAUGGACGAAGUGGGCGCUUCCGCCGGCGCACCCCACGACGACGUCUCUCCACAUCCAGGGAGUCGGCGUCAAAUCUCAGCUGGCUAUGCCGGUGCGACACAGGAGGAGUGGCUGGUCAAAGAGAUACUGGAUUCCCGGAUCCGCGUGCGGAAGGGCAAGCCGCCACUCCUGGAGUACCGUGUUGCAUGGCGGCCUACGUGGCAACCGCGGAGCGAUCUGAUCCCGGGCUGCGAGGAGCUGGUCAAAGAAUUCCAUGCAGAGUGGAAGGACGAGCGGCCUUCACUGACUACUCUGACGGGCCACAUGCGUUUCAAGCAGAAAAGGAGAUCGCGCUGGGACAGUGGACGCAAGAUUGUAAAAUCAAUCGGUUAG